AUGGGGAGGGCAGAAGCACGUAUAAAAGGCAGGCCAAGUCUCUGCUCUCUCAUCCACUUCUCUUGCUUCCUUCAACUUGGGAACCAGGUGCACCUGCGGCCUCAAGACAUGUCCUGCAACACACAGUGCCGUCCCUGCCAGCCCUGUGGCCCCACCCCGCUGGCCAACAGCUGCAAUGAGCCCUGUGUCAGGCAGUGCCAGGACUCCACCGUUGUCAUUGAGCCUCCUGCUGUGGUGGUGACCCUGCCUGGCCCCAUCCUCAGCUCCUUCCCUCAGAACACCGUGGUGGGAUCCUCCACCUCCGCUGCCGUUGGAAGCAUCCUCAGCUGUGAUGGAGUGCCCAUCAACUCCGGGGGCUUUGACCUCUCCUGCAUCACCAGGCGCUAUGGUGGAAGGAGGGGCCUCCCCUGCUAA